CUCAAUGCUUCAAGUCCAUGAAGUGAAAUCUGUUCAUUCACUAAAGAGUUUUGCAGACUGACUUUACAAAAUGGACAUGAAAACCAUUUGACGAGUCAGGUUAGAAGUUAAUGAUGUCUCAGGUAAAACUGAUUCAUUUGUUCCAAGAGGAUUAGUCUGAGGCAGAUAAGCUUGGCUACAGCUCUUAAUGCUAAAGCUAUAGAGAGCAUAUGUGUGUUUGCUAACCACCUGUCUGUCUACUGAGGUGACAUCAGUUGGACAGUCGCAGGCAUAGAAGCAGACUGGAAUGACUGGGCUGGAUGUCUAUCUAUAUCCAGAUGGUCUUACGGUUGCUACACCAAACCGUAUAGAGAACUGGGAAUCCGAGAGGGAAAUGUUUGACCCGAACGUGCGCCUCUUCGUGGCUCUGUUCUCAUACAACCCUGCAGUGAUGUCACCAAACCCUGAAACUAUGGAGGAGGAACUGCCUUUUGAACAAGGACAGAUCAUUAAAGUAUAUGGAGAUAAAGAUGCUGACGGCUUCUAUAGCGGGGAGACCGGUGGCCGCUUUGGUUUUGUACCGAGCAACAUGGUUUCUGAGAUCCCUGUGGAAGACGGAGAGUUUAAACUUCGUCUGUUCCAGCAAGGCUUUUUACCAGAAGAGACGUCUUCCAUAGCACCCAGCGAAACGUCUAGUGUGUCGGAUGGUGUGAAGGUCCACAGGAUGCUGGCCAUCUUUGAUUAUGACCCAUGGGAAAGUUCUCCAAACAUAGAUAUUGAGGAUGAGCUUCCCUUUCGUGCAGGAGAUAUUAUUUAUGUUUUGGGGGAAAUGGACAGUGAUGGAUUUUAUUACGGAGAUCUACAUGGUUAUCGAGGUCUUGUACCAUCAAACUUUUUGCAAUCAUUGCCUUGGGACUGAAAGAAAUCAGAAAUCAGGAACACGAGAGUGACCUCAGACUGUGAUUAUUACCCACUUUACUGAAUUCAUUUAAUUUUAUGUGUCUUGUUUCCUCUAAUGUUCAUGAUUUAUUGUGUCAUGUGUGUCUCUAAGUGCACUUGACAUUUCCUCUUCGCACUGUGCUUAGCAUUCAUUAAAUACAUAAAAGCACAUUCAUUUCUGACUAAUUCAAGAGCUUUUGGAAGCAGCUAGUGCAUUUUAGCUUUAAUGAUAACUUAAUAAUUAUGUUUUUAUACUUUAUGCAUCUUCUUUUCACUGCUGACGUCUUUAUAUGAUUUGCGAUAUUUUUGUAAUCUCCUUCCUGUUUACAGCAACUGCACUAUAGGUUUCGCACACAGUUAUUCAGUUCAGCUUCAUUUUAUUACCGUUUCAUGAAUUCAAAGUUGUUUGAUACAAGUUAACAUGCAAAUAUAAAGACAAAUACAUUCAACAACAACAAAAAUAUUUAAUAUUGCAUUACAAUUAGUCAUGAAACACAAUCUUUAUUAAUAUGUAAUUCACAAGACAUUCAGAUUGAGCAUCUUUGGUUCUCCAUAAGCUCGUCCAUCGCAGCCAACAGUACACUCAUCCAUAAAGUAGGAAACACUACACUGUGUAGAGACCUUUAGUAGUGCUGUCUACUUUAUGAGUGACUGCACUG